GUCGGCCUUGCAUUUGCGCCUUUCUAUUUUCCAGACCAUGCGACCAUUUCCGUCCACUCCAGUCAACCUGCCUCGCAUCGCCACUUGCACUGAUCGUCCGUAAGCCCUCAAACGUGCUUUCAUACAGUCAGACAAGAUGGGCGACAGACUCACGCAACUCCAAGACGCGGUUGACCAGCUCGCGCAGCAAUUCGUCGCAUGUUUGUACUACCUUCACAAACGUCACGAUUUGGAGACGCUCGGGCCUGACGACAAGAUCAGAGAGCUCAAACCCGAAGAUGAUCCAAAAGAAGUCGACCCCGUACCCGCCGACGAGUUUAAGGCCGGCCAGCUCGAGCUUGCGCGCGAUUUGAUUGUCAAAGAGCAACAAAUCGAGAUGUUGGUAUCGACACUACCUGGCCUUGAAAAUAGUGAGGAGGACCAAGAGCGCAAUAUUCAAGAGCUUGAGGAGGAACUCAGAGUUGCUGAGGCGCAACGACAAGAAGCAUUGCGGGACAAACAAGAGGCACAGAAGAGGCUGGAUCAAGUCAUAAGAAGCAUAAAGAGGCCCGCUGCAGUCCCUUUGGGCUGAUGCGCCUGAUUUCUGCUGGUAUUUAUUGCAACCUGGGAAGCCUAGGCAGUGUUGGCUGCCGGAAAUCCCAAUCUCUCCCAUGAAUGACACUUUAAUGCCCCUUGCUGGCCGACGCUGUCCGACCUUGUCGUGUCCUCUAUCUGCACUCCUACGGCUUCUUGAAAACGUCAGGGAAUACGUUGCGCAACUCCUCGAGGGAGCGGAUCUGAUGCUUAGAGGCUGGUGUCCUCGGGACCUUGACACCCUCUUCAACAAGAUGAGCUGUAUGCCAGCCAAUCUCGUUGGCUUUUCUGCAGUUUUGGUAGUUGUCAUCUGUGCCAGUCAGUAUUAAUCCGCACCCUAAUGCAAGUUAAUCUCGUCGUCACUUACCGACGAAGUAGCA